AUGGGGGACUUCAAUAAUGUGUUGAAUACUGAUGAAAGAAUAGGCAGUAAAGUAAUAGUGGCUGAAACAAAGGAGUUCAAGCAAUGUGUAGAUACAUGUUGCCUUCAAGAACUUAAAUCUACUGGUGCAUUCUACACUUGGAACAAUAAACGGAGUGGAGAAGAUAGAGUAAUGAGUAGAAUUGAUAGAGUAUUGGUAAAUUUUGAUUGGAUGUCAAUGAUACCUACUUCAACAGUGCACUAUAUGACUGAGGGGUUGUAUGAUCAUAGCCCAGCUAUCAUUAGUUGGGAUAAUAGGAAGCAGAUGGUUAAUAGGCAUUUCAAAUACUUCAACAUGUGGAGCAUGGAUCCAGAUUUCAAAGGUAAAGUAGCAGAAAGCUGGAGUACUGGAAUUAAUGGGACAAAAAUGUAUCAAAUUGUAGGGAAGCUGAACAGAUUGAAGAGAGUACUAAAGCAACUAAAGAGAACAAAAUUCAGUAAUAUAGAAGGAAAAGCAGAACAAGCCAAGAAGGAUCUUGAGGAAUGUCAGCAGCACAUAUACAGGAGAUACAAGGAAGCAAGUGACCAGUUCCUGGGGCAGAAAAGUAAAGUACAAUGGCUGAAGCAAGGUGACAAAAAUAACAAGUACUUCCACAGCUACAUAAAGGCAAGAAUAAAUGCUAAUAAGAUACUACCUAUUAAGGAUUCUAAGGGCAACAAGGUAACAAAUGUAGAAGGGAUAACAGGUGCUUUUGUGGAAUUCUAUUCAAACUUGCUAGGAUCUACUACAGACAAAAGAGAUCAUGUUUGCAGUCCACUAGUAAGGGAAGGCAAGGUAGUAACAGAGGAGCAAAGACAAAUGCUGACAGAAGAUUUUACAGAAAAGGAAGUUAAACAAGCAUUGUGGCAAAUAGAUGGUGAGAAAGCUCCUGGACCAGAUGGGUGUGGGAGUAAAUUUUUUAAAGACAGCUGGGAAAUAACUGGUAAAGCUCUGAAGGAGGCAGCACUGGAAUUUUUUGAAUCAGGGAAAAUUGCUGAAAACAAUUAA